AUGGCCGUCGUGUGCACUUCCUCCUCUGGCCGCGUCCGCCAUAUGGCUGAGGCUGGCCCCGAGCCCUGGCCGCGCGAGCUCCGGUGGCUGGUCGUGAGCCCUGGCUGUGGGAGCCCGGCCACGCCCGUGCUCGUCUCUCCGAACGGCGCCAGGAAUUUCUCCCGUCCUUCUCCAGUACUCCUCUCUCUUCGAGCUGCGCCAGGGCUCCCGUCGCUCCGUUAUGCCGAGGAAAUUGGAAGUCAGAACGGAAUCGGCCCGGUCAUGAUGAUGGUGUUCGAGAAAGGUUUCCCUCUUUUCCGUCUUUUCCUCUUCCCUCCUUUCCCUAUUAUUAAUAUUAAUAGCUCACGAAUCUUCGCCGGACGCUGCCUGCAGGCGCGAAGCACAGCAGACGCCCAGUCCAACCCAGCAGAAAGCUGCCAAAACACUGCCGCAACCACGAACGGACCUACGGUCCGAUGGGAUGAGCCUUCUGCUAUUCUGCGUCCAGAUAGAGUUUCACCAUGGGAACUAGAACCCCUUGAUGCAACUAAUCGACAACCACCCCAACCUCCUUUACAGAAUAAGCAUGCACGGUCUCCUGCUUCACCUUCUAUUGCUCUAGAGCUUUCUCCAGUUUUUGGUUUCUGGAAAUUCCAAGCUGAGCCUGCACAAGCUUUCUCAUUUUCAGGACCGCAACGAACUCAGGAGUUAUACCAUUCAAACCCCAAUUCAAUCUUCUCAUCAUCGUUGAAUGUAGGAUUCAAUUCAAAGAAUGAGCGUUCUACGCCAAACAACAAUCAUUUGUACUGGACAAUGAGAGAGACAAUAACUAGAUCCUACUAUGCUAGCAUUAACAAAGAUCCUACUGAAAAGAAGCAAGAGUAUGCUACUUCUGGCUGUAGAUUGUUUGGUCUUGAUAUAGAUUCUGCAGUAUCACCAAUGGGCCCGAUCAGAUCAGGCUUAAUUGAUCGGUCAACGAUUACAGUCAAAGAUCUUGUAGGUGAUUCAGAUGGAGGAGAAAGUAGAGAGGGCGCUGACAAUGAAGCGCUACAGACGCGUCGCGGCAAAGAGUGGGGCGACGUGGUUGGCUGUCGGCUGUCGAGGCGAAGCACGCGGCAGCAGGCAUGUCUGUAUGUUUUUCUACCAGACGCUGCUGCACAACGUCGUGAGGACUGA